AUGACUACAAUGGAAGGUUCAAAUGAUAAACAGACACCAGUUCAUACAAAGAAAAAAUCAAUGGGUCUAAUAAGCAGUAUGGCUCUGAUUAUCGGCAGUGUUAUUGGAUCGGGUAUAUUUAUAUCACCCAGGGGUAUUUUACUUGGUACUGGUUCGUAUGGUCUGUCAGUAAUUGUUUGGAUUAUAUGUGGUCUGAUUUGUAUUCCUGGAUGUUUAUGUUACGCUGAACUGGGAACACUGAUACCCAGUUCAGGAGGAGAUUAUACAUAUAUUAAAGACGCAUUCGGCGAUUGGGCUGGAUUUUUGAGAGUUUGGACAGAAAUAUGUUGUACUCGCCCAGCUACAAUGGCUGUGUGUGCAAUAACAGCCGCUAUCUACAUUCUGUACCCACUUUAUCCUGAUUGUUCACCGCCGCUAUCUGCCGUGAUGCUAUUAGCAUGUUUUUUCAUAAUGGGAUUAAUUAUGGUCAAUAUACUAUCUACACCAGCAUCAAUUCAAUGGCAGAACGUAACGUUCUAUGGUAAAAUAGCUGCAUUAAUAUUAGUUAUUGGUUUGGGUAUCUAUCAAGUCAUUCGAGGUCGAUAUCAAGUGUUUCUAUCACCAUUUGAAAAUACAAAAACAACUACAUCAUCACUGGCCAUUGCUUUUUAUGUUGGAUUAUUUCCUUAUUCCGGUUGGAAUUAUUUAAAUAAUGCGAUUGAAGAUGUAAAAAAUCCAGAAAAAAUUUUUCCCAUUGCUAUCAUGUCAUCGAUCAUAACGUGUACAGUUAUUUAUGUACUCGCCUAUAGUGCCUAUUUUACGUCAUUAACACCGUUGGAAGUAAUGACAUCAGAUGCUGUAGCUGUUAGUUUUGCAUCAAAUAUUUAUCGUCCACUGGCCUAUGUUAUACCAUUAGCUGUUUCACUAUCAGCCUUAGGUAGUCUCAAUGGACAAAUAUUUUCAAUUGUUCGAAUGUUUUUUGUUGCUGGAAGAGAUGGUUUACUACCUCAAGCAUCAGCACUGUUACACAUUAAAAAAGAUACACCUAUCAUUCCACUGCUUAUCGAAGGAGCUUUAGGUAUUAUGUAUGUCCUUGUUGGUGAUGCCAAUACUUUACUGAAUUAUCUGAGUUUUAAUUAUUGGAUAGUAUGCAUGUUUGCUGCUGUUAGUGUUCUAGUAUUUCGUCGAACAAAGCCAAAAAAAGAGUUUCCUCGUCCGGUGGAUGCUGGUGUUAUCGCGCCUGUUAUAUUUAUAAUAGCAAUGACACUGUUAACCAUUGUCAACAUUAUUUAUAAUCCAAUUGAAAUCAUUGUUGGUAUAGCCAUAUUACUAUCAGGCUUACCCGUUUACUGGUUCUUUGUCACAUGGAAAGGUAAACCAAAACAAAUUGCAUCUUUGGAUAAUAAAAUUACGCGGACAUUACAAAAAUUGUUAUGUAUUGUGCCCGAAACAAAAUUCGAAUAG